AUGCUCACUGCUACCAAGCACGAAACACCCGCUGCGAAUUCGUGUGAGAAUCCUGCUCAAAUUCCACUAUUACUCGAAAGAGGAAUCCUCCAAAUACGCCCUGAUCAUCUUGAAGGGAAGGUUAAGGAACUAAACACCCCCCGGGUAACUCUCAAACACUUCCUGCUGAGUUUAAGGAAGCGAGUAUGUGAACUGGGGCGAGAACUCCCCCUUGCUAAGAGUCGACCAACACCCUCAUGGAUGAAAUCCAGGGAAACUAGAGCUCGACUCGUCCCACUAAUCAAAGCUUGGGUAGACCUCGAAGCCUUCAUCGUCUUCCUCCUGGAAGGGUAUGGAAAGCGUUUGACAAGUAUAUCUUGUUUCCAAGAGGGUGUAAGAAGGAGGUUACGGUGUCGCACGAGAGGGGAUGAAUUGAUCAUCAAGUCUGGGUCCGAAGUCUACGCAGCAGAAAAAUCGAAUCUUCCUCUUUCAUUGAGAAUGGACUUCGAAACUACUUAUGAACAAGGCAUCUCUGGAUACACUACCAGAUACAGCGGAGAGUUAACAGGAUGGUUCACGGGGCACAUAAUACUUGCAACCUUGGUCCAGUGUAACCAUCUAGGACUCGUAAUUCAAGCUGUGUCAGCUAUAAUGCAAACAUUUGUCCAUGAGAAGGCAGUAAGCCCUACAAAACUGAAGCAAGUUAGCAAGAAAGAACAUGCAAGAGAGAGAGCCUUGGAUGAUGCCCUGAACCAUCCCUAUCCCUCGCAAAACGCAGCGGUUUGCAUGACUUUCGAUGUUAUAGACGAAGGGAUAGCGGAGAAGACUGCCAUAACCCAUACUAAUCUGCCCCUUCGAUGUUUUCCUGCAAGACAUCGAGGCAUUAAGAUCAACUAUACCAGCAAUAUUGAAGGUUUAGCAACCAUGAAUGAUCGAACGGCGGAGGCUCCUGAGCACUGUGAUGGUGGCUUCGAAGGCAAGCAUGACGAAUUUCGAGAACCUAAGACAUUAGUGGAUAUGAAAGAUUCGUUAAGUGGUGUCAUGGACAGGACAGUAAGUCUUGAUCUCGGGACUCCUGAGGAGGAUCGUCGGUGGUUAUCAGAGAGAUUGCGCAGAAAUGCAGCAACUUUCAGAGCUACUGGCCAUCACAUAGGACGCUUAGAAGUGUGUGGUACCUCAUUCGCAAAGGGAGAAAGCACUGGUCGACAGCAUGGGAUUCAGAUUGAAGCUGGGGUAAUUGAGCCGUCUACCAGCCCAGGGGCAUUUCUAGAGAGCCCAAGACCUAUGCUCGAUGAAUCCCUCAUGUCUCGACAGUCAGACGUUACGCCAACACUAUCAAGAGCAUGGCUGGUGUUACCCCUCCUCAACCCUUCAGCUGAAUUCGCUUGGCUGACUUUACAGAGCCAGGCUUUGAGACUGCGUCAGUUGACAGAAUUGCCUCUGGAACUCAGGAAUGCAUCUACGACCCCUGGUAGAAUCAUACCAGAAGACCUGACUCCAUUCCUAUUGUUCGUCACAUUUGGACUUUGCAGGAGUCAGCUUGAAAUCGAACCAUCGAACGAAUGGGGGGCUACUAGGCCUGAAAACACUAUCCAAGUGGUCACCUACUGGAGUAGAAUGGCGAUGAGAUCGACUGGAAGUAAUUAUGACGCUAGAGAAUACGAAACCCUUGGCCUGAAAGAGGAUCUUGUGGAAUACGCUGCCCUACUAGUUGGGGCGCGAGUUCACGGAUGUGCCAAUCGUCGAGUGGCAGCAUGGGGGGCUGUGACUAUCGCUGUACGCCGAGCAAGUCGGGUUUGCUCUAUGAUCAAUCCUCUUUCACAGCUGUUACAAAUUCUGCUAUAUGACGAAAACGUCAAUUAUCGAGUGGCAGGCUGGGGGGCUGCACUAGUCACUUACCCAAACCCUAGGAUUGUAAGCCAAAUUGAACAAGAGGUAAUCUCUCUAACAUGGAUCGGUCAUGCUGCCCCUGUUCCGCGCGAGUUAAUGGAAGUUCCCAUCCUCGAGCAGCAGUAUGGGGAGCAGCAUCUGUCACUUGCCCUAAACUUGGGAUGGUACUUCAAGCAGCAACUACUGGACGAGAAAUUAUCCCUGCUUGCCAUAGCCCCAGAAUCACGCAUGGUACAAGGCGCUUAA